AGGAUUAGACGAGAAAUGGAUGUGAAUUUCAAUGCUUACCACGUUUGGCUGUUUGGCACACUUGUCGUACUUUACCAAAGGGAAGGAUCUUCAAGAAUGUAUGCCAAAGAAAUUGUAUUUGAAAAGAGUUGAAACAUGCAAUCUUUUGAGUGAAAAGUUGACUGAGGAAGAAGAACGAAGAGAUUAUGGUGUAAUAGAUACCAUGACUAUGGAGGACCCAAAUACACAAGCUUUAGAACAAGUAGCUCAGUAUGGGUAUAUGAUUCGAAAGGAAAAUAGUUGCUUUGAAGGUUUUAUGUUAGAUACACAGGACAGUUUUGCUUUUUGCUGUUUUGACUCGGAAGGGGAUUCCGAAGAGUGUGUCAAGAGUUGCCUACAACGAGAAACUAGUAGAAGCCCUCCCAAUACUACUCUGUCAGGUGCGAUUCUUUUGCCAUUUCGAACUAUAUUUGUUGCAUAUAAGCGUCCUUCACUGGAUCUUUCACCCUCGAAUUGUCGAAAGGCUCCACUCUUGUCAAGUCCUUCUAUGGAAGCCAUCCGUUCACCUCUUCUAUAUUCCUAUGAAUAUCUUUCAAUGAAGGAUUCAAGUCGUUUGUUCCUACAACGGUGGAAAUCGCUUGAGAACAAUACAAAGCUGGUUUUGGUUGUUCAUGAUGUGAUUUCUUAUGGUUCCUUUGCUUGUUUGAGACUGAUUCCAACUCUUGUCAAUUCUGGCUAUGACUUGGUAACUUUUGAUUUGCGCGGUCACGGACGUUCUACAGAAAAUGAAAUAGAAGAGUCGAAUCUGCAAUAUCUUUCUGGUUGUGAAACAUGGUCCAGUGAUCUUCAUGAAGUGAUUUUACAUGUCCUGGGAAAGUUUGAAACUCCGGAAAGGAAAGUCAAUUCAUUGUUUUUAUAUGGAGAAGGUUUUGGUGCAUCUAUUGUUUUAGAUUAUGUGAUAAGAUACUCACAACACAACAAACUACCUUGGCAGGUGAAAGGCGUUAUUGCAUGUGGGGUUAUGUUUAGACAGAUCCCCAGUAGAUAUAAUAAUAAUGAAUCUGCCAGUAGAAUAUGGAAACAACUUUCCAGAAAGCAGAAAAUAUUUGAAAAUGUUUUGUUAUUUCAAAAGUUUUUGUGGUUACUUGGUCAAAUAUUACCAAGUACAGUAUACAAGAUGCGAGUGGAUCCCACUCAGUGGGGUUUGGUGCCUCUUGAUCUUUCAUUAUUAUCCAGAGAUUUACGUGUCAUUGAUGCUUUAAGAGGAGAUUUGUUUAGGCUACGCGAUAUCGCUUUUCAACAUGUAUUAACAUUGUGGGAACUUAGUCAUCAACUAGAGAAACUGUUGAAGAAGGGAAUGUUGUGUCGUUUGUGUCCAAAUAUUUCUUUUGGAUUCUUUCAUGGAGGAGAUGACAUUCUUUCGUCACCUUCAAACUUAUCUCUGAUUGAAAGUGGUAGGCAAAUACAAGUUUUUGUUUAUGAAAAGGCGCGGCAUUAUUUGUCACAUGAAACACUUCCAGUUCGUCGACAGUUUUUGGAUGAUAUGUUAAGUUGGUUAGAUCGACAGAGUCAUUAAUGAAUGAAUAAGCAGCAAAGAGAAGCCUUUUCAAUUUCUUAUUUGUGAGGGGAAAAUACUAUUGUGAUUUUUAUAGUUAUGUUGGGUUUUGUACAAACUUUCCCAAUAAGAGUUACCCGAUGCAAACGAGACAUAAGUUUUUGUUCCAAUACAGUAAAGCAUAGGGUAAUGAU